UUCAGAUUUCCUAUUUAAUACUAAAAGGUUGGAUUGAACAUAGAAUGACAUGGAGACCUUUUGUGAGGAUACGUUCCUUGAUGUCAACCAAUCUUGGAACACAAGUACUCCAGUCCUGAGUUCCUGUCUUUCACGUUCCUUGCUAAUCCUUCCUUCAUUUACGUGUUCCAUAAUAUCUUUACUCUACACACUCUUCCUUUCAACCAGGUCUGGGAUUGUGAAGAGAUCAUGGAGUUGGAUUUUACUUCUCAGGAUUAUUCUUCUAAUAUCAGCUCUUGUCUGUAUAAUAGUUCAGGCGAGUAUGGAGUUCAAAACUAGUCUGCUUUAUCUGGUAGAUGCUCUGUUCUUUGGGGUUAACAUUCAGAUAGUUGUAGUCAGUUUAAUAGUUCAAGUACUGUUGAAAUCUAGAGGUUCCUACUCGGCACCUUUUCAGUUUUUCCUAUGGUUAUUCCAAGUAAUAUUCCUGAUACCGAACCUACUUCUACCAGCAUUAGAACCAGCUUUUAUUGCCUACUAUACUAUAUCCUGUGUGCUUUUGAUAAGUGAAUGGUUUCCUAACUGGAGAACUGAGAAACCGUCGGAGAAUACUUCAUCCUUCCCGUCCUGGUUGUACUUUUCAUGGGAGAGCUCAACAUUUUUUAAAGGGUAUAAACACUUGCUAACCUAUGAAGAUCUACCUGAACCAAAUAAACUGAUUGAUAUCGACCGAGUCACCAAAACAUUUAAUAAAGUCAAUGAACAAGACACACGAGCACAAGCAGAUUCGAAAAGGAAACCUAAGAAAAGUAUUAUGAAACUGUUGGUCAAAUCGUUUGGAGGAACUUUUAUAACCGGAGCUCUGCUCAGACUUCUCAAUGAUAUUCUUCUAUACGCCACACCUCAGGUGUUUCGACGGUUGUUGCACGUGAUAGAAACCGACGACCAUGCUUGGAAAGGAUAUUUCUGGGUUGUAAUACUUCUUAUAACGGCUACCACACAGGUUACAAUCUCUAAUCAUUACUUCCGGCAGACUUAUGUAGCAGCCUUCCAGAUGCGAUCUGCUGUAAUAACUGCAAUAUAUAAAAAGACUUUAACUAUUUCAAAUGUGGAGAGGAGAGAAUUUUCUACUGGAGAAAUCACAAACUUGAUGUCCAUAGAUUCGCAGAGAUUUCUUGAAAUAGUUCCAUUCUUGAACUCCCUGUGGUCCGGCCCAUUUCAGUUUGCCCUGGCUUUCUACUUCUUGUAUGAUCUCCUUGGGAUUAGUGCAUUCAUUGGACUAUCAGUUUUUUUCCUCCUUGUUCCAGUCAAUCUUUUUGGAGGCAAGUAUGGAAGAUCAAUCCAGGCUAGGCAGAUGAUAGCUAAAGAUAAAAGAAUCCUGUUCAUGAACGAAAUCCUGCAAGGAAUGAAGGUAUUAAAACUGUACGCCUGGGAGAAACCAUUUAUGAAAAAAAUCAACGAGCAUAGAAAACAUGAGAUUCAUAGUUUUAUUAGAAAUGCUGUGAUCCAAGCCUUUCUUUGGAUAACCUUCACUGCUGCACCUCUUAUUGUCAUUUUGAUCACUUUCAUCUGUUAUGUUUACAUUGACCCGGAGAAUAAUGUUCUAAAUGCUGAAACUGUGUUUGGUACAGUAGCUAUUGUAAACGUUGUAAGGAUACCAAUGAACCAGUUUCCAAGAUUUGUAAUGGAAUCUGUUAAACUAUGGGUGUCUGUCAAGCGAAUUGAUAAGUUCUUUAACUGUGAGGAUCUGGAGGAAGAAAGUGAUCCUUUUGAUGACAUCACAGAUCCUUUAACUGCCAUUGAAAUGAAAAACGCAGAUUUUAGCUGGGUUGGAAAAACAGCUAACCCCACACUGGGUGAUAUCAACCUGAAUAUCAAGAAAGGAGAGCUAGUUGCUGUGGUUGGAAAGAUUGGUUCAGGAAAGUCUUCCUUCUUGUCUGCCAUACUGGGAGAGAUGCAAAAAGUCGGUGGGUCUAAAACUAUAAAUGGUCAAGUUUCCUAUGUUGCACAGCAAGCCUGGAUUCAAAACCUAACCGUCAGGGACAAUAUUUUAUUCGGAAAUGAAUUUGAACCUCUGAAUUAUGAAAACGUGAUCUAUAAUUGUGCACUCAAAUCAGAUUUGGAAAUUUUACCGAACGGAGAUCAAACGGAAAUAGGAGAAAAUGGAGUCAACCUUAGUGGGGGUCAAAAGCAAAGAGUUGGAUUAGCUCGAGCAGCGUAUAGCGGAGCAGAUAUUGUUCUUAUGGAUGAUCCCCUCAGUGCAGUUGAUGCUCAUGUAUCAAAGCAUAUUUUUGACAACCUCAUCGGGCCUAACGGCUACCUGAACAACAGAACAAGAAUUCUCGUGACACACAGCCUUGGGGUUCUACACAAAGUGGAUCGGAUUUUGUUAUUUCAUGAUGGAAGAAUAGUAGAUCAAGGAACUCUAGAAGAACUGCAGAAUAAGAAAAGUGAAUUUUUCCAAGAAAUGGAAAAGUUUGUUGGAAAGGAGGAAUCUGAGGAAGCUCCUGAGACAGGAAAAGCAGCUGAAAAAGAAAUUAAAAAUAAAAACGAUGGAAAACUUAUUGAGCAGGAGAAGAGCUCCGAAGGAAGAGUGAGCUUAAAACAUUAUAUUUUCUAUUUAAAAAGUAUGAACAUGGGUUUAUUCUUUAUUGUUCUUCUCAUCUUCAUGUCAGCUGAAGCUUUCCUAGUUGGUGGCAAUCUGAUUUUAUCCUCCUGGACCUCUAACUAUAGUCCUGAAACUAAUGCUAAGUAUAUUGGACUAUAUGCGCUUACGGGAGUGCUUUGUUCAGUUUGUGGGAUGCUUAGUCACAUAGGUAUAGGAUACAGGGGGGCAGCAGCAUCUGAUAAACUUCAUAAAGCCAUGCUGGAGAAAACAAUGCAUGCACCAUUAUCUUUCUUUGAAUCUAACCCUAUCGGCAGGAUUCUGAACAGAUUCACGUCAGACCUGGAUGUGAUCGAUCAAAAGAUACCGAAUCAGUUGAGACAGUUCCUUGGAUGUGUUUUUAUGAUUGUUGGAACAUUCUUGGUUGUAUCAAGCAUAACUCCGAUGUUCCUUGUCACUCUGAUUCCAAUCAUUAUCAUCUACACAUUUCUACAGAUCUACUAUACAAGAACUAGAAGACAGGUUAAAAGGUUGGAAAGUGUGGCAAAAUCUCCUAUUUAUUCCCACUUUACAGAAUCUAUAACAGGAGCUACGACCAUCAGAGCUUUUGGUCAAACAAGAAGAUUCUGUAAAGAUUCCGAAGACAGGGUGGCCAAGCAUCUUCAAUGCAAUUACAUCAGUGAGAUGACCAAUCGAUGGUUGAGUAUAAGAGUUGAGAUUCUAGGGAAUAUUAUAGUAUUCUUGGCUGCUAUCAUGUCAUUUUACUACAGGGAGAGCAUAUCUCCAGGGUUAGCUGGGUUAUCAAUAUCCUACUCCAUGGUCAUGAUUGAUGGGUUUGGUUGGACAGUCAGAAUGGCUGGUGAACUUGAAUCUGAUAGUAUAGCGCUAGAGAGAAUAAGAGAAUAUGAAGAACUACCGCAGGAAAACAACUGGGAGACAGAGGGGGGUCUAGAUAAUGUUUGGCCUGAUCAGGGUAAAAUUGUAUUUGACAAGUACAGUACGAAGUAUAGAGAGGAACUACCCAAUGUGUUAGAUAACUUUACCCUGGAGAUAAAGGACCAGGAGAAGCUUGGUAUUGUUGGUAGGACCGGAGCUGGGAAAUCAAGCUUGUCUCUAGCUUUAUUCCGGAUACUUGAACCUGGAGCAGGAACUAUCAGGAUAGAUGGGACGGAUAUUGGUCUGGUUGGAUUACAAGAUCUGAGAUCUAGGAUCACUAUUAUUCCACAGGAUCCCACUCUGUUCUCUGGUUCCCUGAGGUUCAACCUAGACCCAGGUGAGGAGUAUCCAGAUGACCAGAUAGAGGAGGCUCUACGGAAAUCCGGCUUAAGUUUAGAGUUUACUCUGGAGCAACAUGUAUCCGAGGGAGGAUUAGGCCUUAGUUUAGGACAGAGGCAGCUGGUUUGUUUAGCCCGGGCUUUACUCAGGAAAUCUAAGAUUUUGAUUCUUGAUGAAGCUACAGCAGCGGUAGAUGCUGCUACAGACCAGAGAAUUCAGGAAACUAUCAGAAGAGAGUUCAAGGACUGCACUGUGGUUACUAUAGCACAUAGACUGCACACUAUCACUGGAGGAGAUAGAGUCCUAGUUCUAGAUCAGGGUAGAGUAGUGGAGCAAGGACAUCCUCAAACCUUACUCACAGACUCAACAUCAAGAUUUUACUCAAUGGCAAAGGCAGCUGGGCUUGUGACAGACCAAGAAAAAGAUUAAAAUUUUUUUUUUUUUUUUUGAUUUAUAAAGUAUUUUCUAUGUAGAAGGUAAAUGUACAUGAAUUUAUAUAAAAUGUGUUUGAUUUAAACCCCGUUAUAUGGUUUAUAUUAUUAUUAUAAUCAUUGUCUCAAUUUCUGCAGUAAAUAAUGUUGUUAAUAUUCACCAUUACAAAACUGAGUUCAUAUCAAAAACUGAAAUUGUCAAAAAAUUUUAUCUUUUCAAUUUGAUGGUUUAUAUAUUUUACAUAUCAAACUGAGAAUAAUUGCUAAUUAAAAUUAAAAGAUUUAUAUAUCUACGACAGCGGGUUCUAAAGAUAUAUGGAAUAAAACCAUGGGUUCUCAAUAGGGUUUCCACCGGAAUUCCGGGUUACGGUUUACGUGCGGAAAUGUUCCGGAAAUUUUUUCCAUUUCCAUUAUGGAAAAGGUUCCGGAAAACCGGAAGUCCGGAACGAUUUUUUUCCGUAAAACGGAAAUUUCCUGAACGUUGUUCCGGAAUUACGGAUCGUUACGGAAUUCCGGAUCGUUACGGAAUUCCGGAACGUUCCGGAAUAUCGUUCCGGAAAUUUUCCGGAAAUGUCCGGUUUCCGGAACAUUUGGUACCAGAAUUACAUUAAAGUCUUACAUAUGUAAAUACAACACCAGUUAGUAACACUAAAAAUAUAUGGAUGGAUGCCGGACGGUAGAAAAAGUUAUACUCAAUAAUCCAUAUUCUAAGUUACUAUAGUGUGAAAUGUAACUGAUAAACCGAGGGGGGGGGACAC